GGCCAAGGCCCCGGCAUGAAGCUCGCCGUGUUGGACUUGGGAUCUCUCUUUGCCAAAAUCUUCAAGUCCUCGACGGCAGCGUCCCCCGCCGUCCCGUCGCCGGUCGCCCCGUCCAGCCUCCCCGGAGGCGCCGCCGAGGGCGCCCCGCUCGCCAUGGCUCCGCCCUCCACCCUCUUCCCCUCGCUGGCUCCCGAGUCCUCGCGGGGUCCACCCACCCCCGUGCACCCUGCCCUCACCUGCUCCCACCCCAGGGGCUCGGCAGAAGUCCAGCGGUCCCCCUUCUCCCUGCCCGGUAGCCCGCGAACAGCCAAAGUCCAGCCCGCGCCGGGCGCCCCCGGCUCCCCCAGCCACCUCGGCGCCCUGGCGCGCUCGCCCCCCGGCCCCGGCGGCGUCUGGGCUGCGGUGCCCUGGGUCGCCGGCCCCGCGGGCUGCAGCGGCGGCGUGGCGGCGGCGGCGAGUCCGCGGAACCCUCGCCAGCCCGGCCCCGGAGAGCGCGAGCCCAGCGCCUGGAUGGGCCCCGGGCCUGGCCCCAAGACCUUGUUCUUCACCUUGCCGGACAUCGGGGAGGAGUGGGCUUCGGGCAGUGACUCGGAGGACCGCGAAGAAGGAAGAGGACUGUCAGAAGGCCCUAGGAAACCCAGUGUGCUUUUGGAAAGCAAAGACUCUUUACCUGCAAACUUUACAAGGAAUGUGCAGAAAGCCAUUGAUAAAUACACCAGUGAAUCCUCCACAUUCUCCUCCAGCGGGAGUCGCACACCUACAGAGGCCCACAACUCAUGGCCGGGGUCUUCCACACAGAGUUCCACCGCUGGUCUGUCUACAGAGAGGAGCUCGGUUUAUUCCUGGAGAGAUGAUGAAUUUGACAAAGUCAAUGCACAGAAAGUGCAGCAGCUGUUCUGGGAGGUGGAGGAAAUGUUAUUUGAAGGGAAAGUGAGUCCCCAAACCCAGAAUCUGCUGGCGGAGUGCAGCCAGUGGGCAGAAAGAUCUCUCCAUCUGAGGGUGUUAGGAAGACAGCUCAUACCUCCAACCGAUGAGGGCUUCCGGCACUUCCAGAGGAGUGAGGCUGCUUCUGCCCACCACAGGCCUCUACCUGCUGCCCCUGAGCAGAGUGGCAAUGUCAGAGAGUUGUGCAUCUCUGGCUGCCAAAUAAUCCCAGCUGCCUUCCCACCUUCUGCCCUGCCAGGCCCUGAGGGCACAGGGAUUGCUGACCUCCACGCAUGUCCAUCCCUGGAAGAAGAAGUUUAUAAUGAGGAUGGGAAGUUUGAAGAGUAUUUUGCCUUUGAUGGAAAAGACAAUGGUGACGAACAGCUGGGACAAACAUCAGUUCAUCAUGGCAGAAAGUGGAAUAAACACGGGCUUCCUCCUGUGUCUCCGCAUGACUGUAUCAAAGAUGCCGUGGCAGCAGAAGUGUUUGAUCAUGUCUGGAAAAAUGUGGUAGAAAUACUCCAAGAGCUGAUUCGAAAAACUUGGGAAGCUACGGUCACAGAAGGAAAAAAGCAGAACGAAAAACUGAAAGUAGCUGAGAACAGAGCUUCCAAUGUGUAUAUCUCCCGGGUCAGCACUGAGGUGGCCAGCGUCCCCCCGUCUAGAAGUUCUGAAACUCGUGGCAUGUCACUAGCCUCUCAUCUCCAUCCUCCUCAGAUCCAUCGCUUCUCCAACAAUUUCUACAGUGAUUUGAAUGGUGUGAUGACAAUUCAAGCCAAACCGCUCCAGCAAAGGCCUUCCUACUCCACAGACAGAACACAGAAUGAACAAGAGGACAGAUUAUCUGGUGUGGGAGCCAGUGCUCUUUCCUAUACCCGGGCCUGCCUGGGACGAAUCUCAGAUACUCGUGGUUUACAGACUUCGGGCAAGAAAACAGCAGUGCACAGGAGGCUGCCUUCUUUGCCUUCAGAAUCACAGAGACUAAAAACUCCCAAUGUGUACAGCGAUGAGAUUCUCAGAGGAACCAAACUGCAGACUGGCCUAGAUCACCUGUCUUCCCCAGCAGUUCAAGCUUCCCGGAAUAGAUUACCCCCAAUAGGCUCAGAAGUUGGGGAACAGAACACAGCAGUUUCUGGAUCUCGCUUUGUUUCCUACAGAGGAAAGCACCCACAAAACCGUGUACUGAGUGCACUGCCUGACAGCACAGAGCGCUCACCUCUUCGAGAAAGAACCAUUACCUUGGAACAGCGUUCAAGGCCCAGCACAACUCAUACAUUCCGGUCAGAUACACCUCGGAAAGGUUCGUUGACACCCAUGGAGUUUACUGGUCACACAUGGACCGGGCAAAGUCUUUUAACAGGUUCACAAUAUAUGCCUAAAUCUUUUCAGAGGACAACUUUGACUUCAAGGAAGAGGUUCCAAGUGGCAUCUUGAAACUGUGUGCCCCAGAGUUAUGGACUUACUGGGGCCUUCAAAAACCCAAACCACAAGUAUUAUACUAUAUAUCUAUUAAUCUGCUUGUCUUACAUUCUGACAUGUGAGACUUGCUGAGAGAAAUGUAAACCAAUACGUUGACAUAAUGUUUUCAUUGUACAGAGAAUAAAAGUUGAAAUGACUA